UGCGGUCUCCAGGGCGCGCAGGCCGCGGGGCCUAGCGCCACGCCCACCUCGGUCGGCCCCUCCCUCUUCCCGGGCGGCUCGCGCCCCGCACGCCAGGCCCCGCCCCGGCCCCGCCCCGGCCCCGCCCUCCCCGCUGGCUCUGCGGGCGCCGGGCAGCUGCAGCGGGCGGCCGGGGCUGCGCGCUCGGGACGCGCGGAAUGUGAGGCGCGGCGAGCCGCUGCGCACCGACGCUCGCGCGCGCGAAGGGCGGCGACCCCUGGAAGAUAGUCGGCCGCGCCCGGCGCUCCGCUGCGCGACGCGCGGGUCCGGGUUCUCGCCCUCGCGCGCCCCCGUGCCCUCUUGGUGCCCUCCAGCGCGCCGGCGGGACCAUGAGGAAGUUCUCUCGGAUGCCCAAGUCGGAGGGCAGCGGCGGCGGGGCGGCGGCUGGCGGGGCCGCGGGCGCCGGGCUCGGCGGCGGCUUCGCAAGCUCGUCCAUGGGGGUCCGGGUGUUCGCCGUCGGUCGCUACCAGGUCACCCUGGAGGAGUCGCUGGCCGAAGGUGGCUUCUCCACUGUUUUCCUGGUGCGGACUCACAGUGGGAUCCGAUGUGCACUGAAGCGAAUGUAUGUCAAUAACACACCUGACCUCAACAUUUGUAAAAGGGAAAUCACGAUUAUGAAAGAGCUAUCUGGCCACAAAAAUAUUGUUGGUUAUUUGGACUGUGCUGUCAAUUCAAUUAGUGAUAAUGUAUGGGAAGUGCUUAUCUUAAUGGAAUAUUGUCGAGCCGGGCAGGUUGUGAACCAGAUGAAUAAGAAGCUGCAGACAGGCUUUUCCGAGUCGGAAGUCCUCCAGAUCUUCUGUGACACCUGUGAAGCUGUCGCACGGCUGCAUCAGUGCAAGACUCCCAUAAUCCACCGGGAUCUGAAGGUAGAAAAUAUUUUGCUCAAUGAUGCUGGACAUUAUGUGCUUUGUGACUUUGGCAGCGCCACUAAUAAAUUCCUCAAUCCUCAAAAAGAUGGUGUUAAUGUAGUAGAAGAAGAAAUUAAAAAAUACACGACCCUGUCAUAUAGAGCCCCAGAAAUGAUCAACCUUUACGGAGGAAAACCGAUCACGACCAAGGCUGACAUCUGGGCCCUGGGAUGUUUACUGUAUAAACUUUGUUUCUUCACUCUUCCUUUUGGUGAGAGUCAGGUUGCUAUCUGUGAUGGCAGCUUCACCAUCCCGGACAAUUCUCGCUACUCCCAUAACGUACAUUGCUUGAUUCGGUUCAUGCUUGAACCAGACCCUGAGCACAGACCUGACAUAUUUCAAGUAUCCUACUUUGCAUUUAAAUUUGCCAAAAAGGAUUGUCCGGUCUCCAACAUCAAUAAUUCUUUUCUUCCUUCAACUCUUCCCGAGCCGAUGACUGCUGCUGAAGCCGCUGCUAGGAGAAGCCAGAUGAAAGCCAGAAUAACAGAUACCAUUGGACCAACAGAAACCUCAAUUGCACCAAGACAAAGACCAAAGGCCAAUUCCACUGCUGCCACUUCCGGUGUGCUGACCAUUCAGAGUUCAGCAACGCCUGUGAAAGUCCCUGCUCCUGGGGAAUUCAGUAACCACAGACCCAAAGGAGCAUUGAGACCUGGAAAUGGGUCUGAAGUGUUAAUGGUUCAGGGACCCCCUCAGCAGCCCCCACAGCAGCAUAGAGUCCUCCAGCAGUUACAGCAGGGGGACUGGAGAUUACAGCAACUUCAUAUGCAUCGUCAUCCCCCCCACCACCAGCAGCAUCAGCAGCAGCAGCAGCAGCAACAACAACAACAGCAACAGCAGCAACAGCAACUACUUCAAAAUGCUUAUUUGCAUCAGUAUCAGCAGGCAGUGCACCAGCAGCAGAUGCUUCAGCAACAGCUCUUGAUGCACUCCGUGUAUCAGCCACAGCCCCCUGCAUCCCCGUACCCUGCCAUGAUGCAGCAGUACCAGCAGGCUUUCUUGCAGCAGCAGAUGCUUGCCCACCAGCAGCAGCCAACACAGCAGGUAUCACCUGAGUAUCUUACCUCCCCUCAAGAGUUCUCACCAGCCUUAGUUUCCUACGCCUCAUCACUUCCAGCUCAGGUUGGAACCAGAGUGGACUCCCCUUACGGUGCCAACAGGUCAGUUGCUGAGAAAGAGGCAGCUGCGAAUUUUACAAACCAGAAGACCGUUAGUCAUCCUCCUGACAUGUCAGGCUGGAAUCCAUUUGGAGAAGACAAUUUUUCCAAGUUAACAGAAGAGGAACUGUUGGACAGAGAAUUUGACCUUCUAAGAUCAAACAGGCUUGGGGAGAGCACACCCUCAGAUAAGAGCGUAGACCCGCCCCCCGCUCCACAUAGCCGGCCACCGGAGGAGCCUUUUGCUUCCGUCCCUUUCAUUUCUCACUCAGGUUCUCCUGAAAAGAAAACGGAACAGUCUCCAAAUCAAAGAAAUAUCAUUGUGAACCCUACCAAAAAUGGAAGCUCAAGUCCAAUAUGUAAAGAUCAGCGAGCUGGAAAGAAAACCUCAGAGAAUCCCGUAGUCAGGGGCCAAGUGCAAAAGGGAAAUGAGGAUUCUGAAAGCGAUUUUGAGUCAGACCCCCCUUCUCCUAAGAGCAGUGAAGAAGAACAAGAGGAUGAAGACGCACAGGGAGAACACGGGGAAUUUAAUGAUGACGACACUGAGCCGGAGAACCUGGGUCACAGGCCUCUGCUCAUGGACUCCGAGGAUGAGGAGGAGGAUGACAAACACAGCUCGGACUCCGAGUGUGAACAGGCAAAAGCCAAGGGAGGAGCCGCGAGCUCCCUGCGCAGAGACAAACCUGGCGGUGCCCAGGACACAGCACUCCUGAGCCCUGCCGGUUCGCCUGCUGAUGCGCUGACUCCCAGUCCGGAGUUCGAUGUGUUUGGUGCUGUUCCCUUCUUUGCAGUGCCCGCUCCACAGCCGCAGGGCAGAGGGAAUGGGAAGACCCUCUCCCAGCAGACGUUUCCGGAGCAGGAGGACUUCGACGUGUUCACGAAGGCCCCCUUCAACAAGAAGGUCAACGUCCAGGACUGGCCCGCGGCGGGGCCGGACACCCGUCCGCUGCCCGCACGGCCCAGAAGUGUAGAUAUAUUUGGCUCCACUCCCUUUCAGCCAUUUUCCACGUCAGCCAGUAAAAGUGAAAGCAAGGAGGAUGUUUUUGGGCUCGUGCCCUUUGAGGAAAUAACCGGGAGUCAGCAGCAGCAGCAAAAAGUCAAGCAGCGCAGCUUGCAGAAACUGUCCUCUCGCCAGAGACGCACAAAGCAGGAUGCGUCCAAAAGCAACGGGAAGCGCCAUCACGGCACGCCCACGGGUGCCAAGAAGACUCUGAAGCCGCCCUACCGCACGCCCGAGAGGGCCCGCAGGCACAAGAAGGUCGGCCGCAGAGACUCACAGAGCAGCAAUGAGUUUUUAACCAUUUCAGAUUCCAAGGAGAACAUCAGCGUCGCGCUGCCGGAUGGCAAGGACAGGGCCAGUGUCCUGCAAGCUGAAGACAGUCUGCUGGAUCCUUUUGGUGCCAAGCCUUUUCAUCCUCCAGACCUGUGGCACCAGCCCCACCAGGGCCUCGGCGACAUCUGUGUUGAUCACAGCACCCUUUUGCCUGGGAGGCCACGACAGAAUUCAGUUCAUGGGUCAUUCCACAGCACAGACGCAUUGAGAAUGGACGACUUUGGUGCCGUGCCCUUCACAGAACUCGUGGUGCAAAGCGUCACUCCACAACAGUCCCAGCCGGUCGAAUUAGACCCCUUUGGUGCUGCUCCAUUUCCUUCGAAACAGUAGAUACUUCAGGUGGACUCAGCAAUAACUCCUGUUUCAAAAAAGUAUGAAUAGUUUUAUGAAUCUGGAAGAAAACGUAUUUGUAUAGUUGUUUAUAUCAUUCAUUCUGACAGGUUAAUCAGGAUAGGUGAUUUUUAGAUAAACCAAACGGAAUCAUUUGUACAGGGUAGUAAAUUGAUGCCUUCUUCAAGCAGGAGAUCUGAAUCGAAAGCUCCAAGGGCUCUGGCUACUGACAGCUCAGAGGGUCACUCACGGGGCUUCCUGGGAAAGCUGGUGUGCGGCGGCUGAGGGACAGGGAAGCUUAUGGCUUCAGAUAUCCAAACGUCACCUAGGUGCACACCCCAGAUCCAGCAUUUGAAGCCAGGCUGACUGAAUGUUUCUGCCUGUGCGGAAACAGUCUAGAGUGUACUCUUCAUACACUUCUCUGUAAGGCAGGGCCAGAAGAAACUGACUAUCGUGCCUAAAAUAACUGUUGCAUUAAAAAAAAAACAAAAAAACAAGUGCCAUUAAUAAUGGACUCUGCAAGGAUAAGUAUAUGAAAUAAUGUAUAUAUUAACUCACUUUAGCUCUUCUACGGUGUAUAGAUCAAAACAUGUAUAUGAUAAUAUAUAUGCAGUUUUUAAUAUGUCAAAAAUAAAUUUUUACAAUGUGGAAUGUCUAGAACAAAAAUAUAAAGAAAUCUUUGGCAUUUGAAAAAAAUGUAAAAGAAUGAUACGUCAAAAAGAAAAGCAACAUUUGGUACUUCAGAAAUACUUUGUUUUUGAAUGGAUAUUUGCCAAAACUUUUGUCAUCAUGUCCCUGCUGAAGUACAUCGAUAGAGGGGGUGGGGUGGGGGAGGGGGAGGCAGGUUAUAUAGAAAUUUAAUUUCAGAAACAAUGUAGCUGAAACUUUAAUUUUUAAAGAAGUUUACAAUGUAAAAUCAUGUUGCAUUUACUGACCUACUUUAGGACAGCCCCACCCUCAUCCAUCACUGGGGAGGCCUGGGCUACAGUUCCUUCCUUCAGGGUUAGAGGGCGCAGCUGUACAGUGCUCUGAGCGUGAUGGGCAGUCCCUCUGCAAGGGCAGCCAGACCCUCAGUGGAUGGAAGGAUCAGAUGGUGGGACUAGGCACUUAAUUCUGCUACCCAACUGCAUCAGUAGUGAAAAGAACUAAGCUACCAAAUUGCCUUUAAAAAAAUAUCACCAGUCAUAAUGAGAAACUUGAAAUUUUGUAGUUGUGGUUAGUGAUAGCAGUUAUACAUCAGUUAAUGUGAAUGUACUAUCCGUGCUUCCUAUGUCUGUCUUAAGUUAUGAUUAGCUGUCUUACAGAUGAGCAUUUGAAGUUUCUAGAUCAACAGCUAUUGCUAUUGACUGCAAUAUUUUAAGUUGACUAUCUUUGCCCCCAGUUAGUGUACCUUAAUAAUUAUAUUAAAACCUCUUAACUUUAAUGCCCCACGGGAUAAACCAUUUGCCUACUUUCAGAGUUCAGAACUUGGAAAGAAGCAAAAUACAUCACCAAGGCACAGUCCCUUUGUACUGCUUGUCUCCUCCUCUGAGGGCUCAGUCGGGGUAGUGUGCACAGGAGCAGGCCACACCACACCGCCCAGAACCGGGCUGUACCACUUACUGUCCUCGUGCCAAAGGCAGAGACUAUGUUUGCACCUUUUUUUUUUUUU